AUGAUGAUUGUUGAGAGUGCAAUCAAUGUUGCUCCUGAUAACAGCGGGUCUGGUACUGGCAACUACUGGUAUGCUCAUCCGAGCAGUGCUCCAUAUCUUAUGAAAAAUGGCACCUUUGCUGAGGAGAUUCACAAUGUUAAAUAUAACAUCCUGAGCGGUGACAUAUCAAAAAUUGUCCUCUCAAGUGCUGUUGCUGCUGCAUGGAUCCAGCAGAAUGUGUUUGUUGCAAAGCGUACUGAUAACGUCCACGACACAGCACCUUGUGAUAUUGACCUCGACAAGCUUGACGGCGCCCGUGUAUGUGAUGGAGAUACCGCCUACUUCUUCAUGGUUAGCCAGUCUAUAAAUAGUUGGGGUGACUAUGCCGGAGUUAGUGGGACGUCGAAGAUUGAUGACUAUGGACUUGAUCUGCUUACCAUGGCUAAGUCAGCGGAAUGGAUUAGUGACCACCACGACGGGUACUUUCCUCAGGUGUCCCCUACUGACAUCGUCAAGGAUUUCACAUAUGACGAAGGUGCUCUGGAGAAUGGUUAUUUUAUCGAACUUCCUUUUAUGGAUGCAGAUGAUUUGGAUGAGCCCAGUUACUGGGUUGGUGGAAGCGAUCUACCUGAUGAGGUCAGUAUUCUAAUAGAAGGUCAAUAG